UCACUGACUGAAACGGCACGUCGUGAUGCGUAUUCAGCGAGACGAUUGAGAAAGCGAUGCGCAUUUGUUUUUCGUCUCACCUGGGUGAAUCAUUUGAAGCCGGAGUCGCUGCCACUCAGCUGUUCUGGCGUGGAGCACGCUAUGUGACGUCAUCGUGGGAGUGUUUCACCAUCGGGGGAAAUGAACGGUCAUCAACACAAUCCUCUCAGCGUCCAUCAUGUGAUUUUUUUAAACCUCAUUGGAAGAAGCUGACUACAGAUUUUCUGCAGUUGAACCACUUCUACAUGAUACAUAGUGGAGGAAGUGCGAAACACCUCUUGGGUUAUUGGACUGUGUGUCUGGACUACACACCACUGCUGAUGACCACUUCUGAGGCAUUUCUGGGUUGAGAGUGAGGAGCGGAGUUUGGGCUGAUGACAAGCAUGACUAUGAGCCCAGCCACAGAUGCAUGCCCACUCUAAAGGCUCCACAGAACGUCAUCCCCUCCGCCUGCCGGCUUGCAACCAACCUCUCGGGGUGGGGGGGUGUCUACGCCCAGUAGCGCACCCCCAAGUAGAACCUGAGUGUGACACUGGGGGUCUCUGAUGGAGCAGGGCAGUAGUGAACCCAGUCCUGAUGAGCCGGAUUCGGGUGGCCGGGCCGAGCCUGAGGGCGGCAGGAGGGCGUCAGAGUCGGAACACGGCUUGUCCAAAAUCACCCACAAUGCUCUGGAGAACAUGGGAGCGUUGGGCCACGGCCUGAAGCACUUCUUCCAGCCUCAGCGCCGACGCUCCUCGGUCUCCCCACAUGACGCCGCCUCUUCCAGCACAGGCACCCCUUCCUCUGAACUCACAGACGCAGGCUCAGAAGGAGGGGACCCCUCUGUGUCCUCCGCUGUCCCUCUGGAUUCUGACAACCCUGCUGCUUCCGCCCCUCCCGCAGCUCUGAGCCGUGUUCUGCAGCAGAUCAGAGGGGCGCCACCCAUGAUGAAGAGAGGCACCAGCCUGCAGAGCCGCCGAAGCAAAACCGGAGGGACGGGCGACCCUCCGCAGAAAGGCAGCCCUCAAAUCCACAGGCGCAGCACACAUGAGGCGCUGCUGCAGGCUGGGCGCCCUCGCUCCUCCUCUACCACCGACACCCCCAGCAGCCCAGCGCUCGCUGACAUGCUGCUGACGUCGGGCUACCACUCCACUGAGGAGCCUGACAAGCUGGAUCGGUACGAUGGAUCAGCCCCCGCCGUGUCACCCAACGCCCUUUCGUACGGCGCCGACGGCUACGACGUAGUCGACAGCACGCCAGACCCUCAGAGGACGAAGCAGGCCAUCGCUCAGCUGCAGCAGAAGAUCCUCAAACUCACGGAGCAGAUCAAGAUCGAACAAACGGCCCGAGACGACAACGUGGCUGAGUAUCUCAAGUUGGCCAACAAUGCUGACAAACAGCAGAGCGCUCGCAUCAAACAGGUGUUUGAGAAGAAGAACCAAAAGUCGGCGCAGACUAUUCAGCAACUGCAGAGGAAGCUGGAGCACUACCACAGGAAGCUGCGUGAGGUGGAACACAAUGGCAUCCCCCGUCAGCCCAAAGACGUGCUCAGAGACAUGCACCAGGGGCUGAAAGAUGUUGGUGCCAAGGUGACCGGCGGCCUGUCGAGCAUUUCUCAAGCCACACACUCCGCAGCAGGAGCUGUGGUGUCCAAACCCAGAGAAAUCGCCUCCCUCUUCAGAAACAAGUUUGGGAGCGCAGACAACAUCGCCGUCCUCAAAGACCCUUCGGAGGACAUCCCGGGGGACGAUGGCGUCAGUGCUGGAGGCAGCAGGCCCCUCGGGCCGGGGCAGCUGCAGUCCAGCCCCAAAUAUGGCAGCGAGGAAGAUUGUUCGAGUAAUACGUCUGGCUCUGCGGGGGCCAACAGCACCACCGGGGCGCCCGGAGGUCCACCCAGCUCGCGGGGGAACACGCUGGAUCCUGCCCAGUUGUCCGGCUUCGACGCUUUUUUCCAAGAGAUCCAAGAGGUGAGGGACAACCAAAGCCGCCUGGAGGACUCCUUCGAGAGCCUGAAAACUCAUUACCAGACGGACCACACGCUGAUCCACGAGGCUCUGCAGGAGGAGAGAUACAGGUGCGAGCGACUGGAGGAGCAACUCAACGACCUGACGGAGCUGCACCAGAACGAAAUCCUUAACUUGAAACAGGAACUGGCGAGCAUGGAGGAGAAGAUCGCGUACCAGUCUUAUGAGAGAGCCAGAGACAAUCAGGAGGCGCUAGAAGCAUGUCAGACUCGCAUUUCCAAGAUGGAGCUGCAGCAGCAGCAGCAGCAGGUGGUGCAGCUGGAGGGUUUGGAGAACGCCACGGCCCGGACUCUCCUGGGCAAACUCAUCAACGUACUGCUGGCUGUCAUGGCCGUGGUUUUGGUGUUUGUGUCCACCGUGGCCAACUGCGUGGUCCCCCUGAUGAAGACCCGCAGCCGCACGCUCUCCACGCUGCUGUACGUCGUCCUCCUCGCUUUCCUGUGGCGCCACUGGGAGGCCAUUUCCGAGUAUCUGCAUCGCUUCCUGCUGCACCCCAGAUGACCAGCUCAGAGGAUUUUUAGUUUGAUUUUUUUUUGCUGAAAGGUCCGUGGAUUUUAAACUGCUGUGGAGACAAUAGCCGGUACCAGAGGGGGGAUCUUCAACCGUCUUUUCUCACGUUUGAGAAGCUUCUCAAAAGCAUGUGAGCCGCGUCAUAUCUGAUGUGUGGUGAAUGAAAAGGAGGCGGCGGAGGGCUCGGCGCAGGAGAGAUGGAUGGUGACUCCUUUAGUCUGUUGCAAGUUUGGCACAUGCCGGGGCCGUAAGGGUGAAGGAACCGUGCACUUUAUUUCUCUCUCUCGCCAGUGACUUUGUUUACAUGCGUCAUGUGGAAGUGCUGAGUCGGGGGUUGAACCGCUGUGUAGCAAUAAUGGCAGAAUGCUUGGAGCGCGGGUGUGAGGUUCCCCCCAAACUCUUCGAACCAACCCUGACAAACCAAUCUACGUGUAAAUAUUAGUGUCAAUAAUGAGACGUGACUAACAACCAAUCAAGAUUUUAGUGAGCCAAAGUUAUUUCACCCCACGUGGAGCAGCGCUGAUUUAAAGGGGCCGUGUUGUUUACUCACUUUCAGAUCUGUAUUUGAAGUUGAUUUGAGUCCUCGUGCUGCUUAACAGAAGCCCCCGCUUGAUCCUCUUAGCUGGUGUUGGUCACCGUGGAGAAGAUAAACAAGACUUUAGAUGGUUUUAAUCUCAGCAGGCUCCUGCCACUCGGCGGAAGUGCCACUCUCCGCCUCCAAACUAGUUCACUAGUUCACUGGCUUGAAGUGGCAGCGGCGCAUCAUGUGUCCGCCGAACAUCAGUUCUCGACUUUACUGCAGUAGUGUGUGGUCCUUUGUUUACAUUCAACCCCCUGGUGUGUUCAGGUGCUUUGCAGUCAGCUGACCAAAUCAGUUUCCUGGACUUGAGGUUGCAAGGUGCGCAGAGAUCCGUUCGAUCCAGGGGCUUCCCCGUACAUUAGUUUACAGGUGACCCCAGAAAAUCACCGUCAUUGAACCGUCAACACACCAAAGAAUCAUCUGAGCUCGUGGUAAAGUUCUCAUCAUUAAAGGAUGUGACGAUAUUUAAGGUUUCAUUCCAAGAGUCCCAGUUAGAGGCAGAGAGGUCUGUGCAGUAUAUGUCUAUAAACCCUCUCUUAAUAAUGAAUUACUAGCAACGUCCAGUUCCUGUGUUUCCGCCCGUGUGACCUAUUCAAAGUGCAAAAACAAGUUUCCCACUUAGUUCGAGACUCAUAUUCUGGCGAGUCGGUUCAGGUACUUUUGUCAAUAUUUCUUGGGAGUAAUUUGUUAUAUUUUAAUAUUUUCAACCUUUUGUUUUUUGUCGCGACCUUACAAAGUUCCUCAUCGGAAAAAUCCAAAGUCUUACAAACUUAAAAAUGUGAACGAAGAAAUUCCCCGAGAUUUGAUUCCUCAUGAGCGCAGAGUUGUUGACAGCUUUACCCCCCCGUGGCCUGCAGCCCUGUAGUGCGACGGGUGAAGCGGAGGGUCCUGAAUUUUCAUGGCGCUGAGCUGCCUGCAUACACUCGUGACGUCGGUGCGUUUUUACCUUUGUCUGCGCAAGAGUCUGCUGGACCUUAAAUUGUCACGCGACUGUCGACCUCACUGCAGCUCCGUAUGAUUUGCACACAACGUUGUUUUUAGAAAGAAACCUGGAAUCACAUAACACUCAGACUCACCAAGUACUCAGUUUUUUAAAGAUAAAAGCACUUACGUUAAAUGCACUUUUGACUUCGAAGGACAAUUUUGUAUUUUAUCAGCCGCCAGUGAACGCGCCAUCCGUGCCGCGCUCUCUUGGGUUUCUAUCCGUUUGAUCCGCUGGUGAGAUGUGCUCGAUGCAGUUCUUCCUGGUUUUAUCGUGCGCACUGGCUCAUGCGGACUUUUAAGUGUCACUUUCAUCUGUUUCCUGUGGAACAAGCUCCACCCGCUGGUGAUGAUGAUGGGCUUCAAAUGGAGGAGCGGUGAAAUAUUGUCUGCUAAUUUUGAACUUCAGGCUCUUGAAGCUUGCAGUUCCUUUGCUGUUUUCCAAAUACUGUACAUCAAGCCGCUCACAUCUGGACCCGGUCCCGGGCACUGGAUCAGACAAGUUCUCUGCUGGACCUGUAAAGUCGCCGACACUGACUAUUUCAACCCCGGCUCCCCGGAGAAGUGGAGGCCUCCGAAGGGAAGCGCGGGACUCGACAUACUUGAAGAGCGACUGAAGUGCUCACAGACUCAGUGCUUCCGUACUGUUUCCAUAGGUCUCAGUGAAAUAGUCAAACGUUUUAGUUGUUUUUUUAUUUUUUGAAGACAAAUAAAUUGGUUGUUUUAAAGGUGAAAGCUUGAGUGUUUUGUGUGCAUCUUUAAAGGGAGUUCAUUCCUCCAACGUGGUAUCAGUUGUUUCCAGGAUGUGUUAUAUAGCAGUGAGAAGGGAAUCCAGUUUGGUUUCAGAGCGUCUUCACACUACACCAGUCGAGACAGAUGUCGACUCAAGGUGG